CAAAUUUGACAGCACGAGAUUGACAACAAUGACAACCGCCGUAUGUUUGUUUAUGUUUGCGUUGCGGUUCACUUUUGAAAAUUGAAUGUUUACAGUGUUGCUCUUGUGUUUCAAUAGAAUAAUAAUCAUGAAAUUUCAAAACCUAAAGCAAACUAUCCUGAAUUUUUUUUAACAGCUCAGUAAUAAAAAGGAAAUAACCUUUUUUCUUGUAUAAUUGAAAUUGAAGACAAUGAAUAUAACAUGUGUGAUAUGUAGUGAUUUAUUUACUCCUAGUGCUAGUAUUUAUACAACACCAUGUGGUCAUAUUUUCCAUUAUCACUGCUUAUUGCACUGGUUUGAAAAUUCCAAAACAUGUCCGCAAUGCAGAGCAAAGGCCUCGCCAAAAGUACUGGUUCGGUUGUACAUGAAUGUGAAUGCAUCUCAGGGGGCUGAAGCUGACUCUACAGUUUUACAGUACAAACUAGAGGCUGCAGAAUUUAGUAUGAAAUUAAAAGAACGUGACGCUAACGAGAUUGCAAAAACUAAUCAGAAACUAAAAGAACAAAAUAAAAGUUUAAGGAGUAGUAUUAAGGAGCUAGAAUUGGCAACGCCUAGAUUUGAAUCUGUGAUAGCAGCAUUGAAAGACCAAAUUAAAUAUUUCAAAAAUGAAGCAAAAAAAUGUGCUCAACUAGAAAGUGAAGUAAAGAUGCACAAAAACCGGAUAAAGGAUUUAGAACACGUACAACUAGCUGUGGAGGGCAGCAGGCUUCAAGUGGACGAAAUUAUCAGAAACGAAAAUAAUGUCGAAUCUCUGGCGCUUCUUGCUGCAACAUUAAAAAAGUCACUAAUUGAUACAGAUAGGAAAAAGAAAGAGCUGCAACAUGAAUUAAGGAAGACGCAAAGCGAAUUAUCACAGACUAAAAGAAAAAUGUCAGAAACACAAUUCAAUUAUGAUAGCAUGAAAAUACAAUUGGAAACCUUGCAAGUGAGUCAUGCAAAGGAAAUCUCGUUUUUGAAAGACAAAGUUUCCCAACUGAAAAGUAAAACAUUGAAUGGCCCAGUAAAUGAUUCAUUUAACAAAAGCGUAAAGCGAAUUAUUGCAGAAAGUCCGAUUAACUAUAAUAGAACGCCAGUACUUUCUGACCAACAGGAAGAUAUUAUUGAUUUGAGUGAGACGCCACCAUGUUCUGGAUCAAAACUACAUUCAGCGUCGGCGUCCACAAUGGAUUGCAAUAAAAAAGAUGAUCUGAUAGAUUUAUGUCAAGACCUCGGUCAAGAUUCUCCUCUAGCUCCAUCAUCCAUGGGGUUGUUUGCAAUGCAGAGAGCAAAAAGAUGUGCCGAAAAACCAGAUGCCAAUAAGUUCACCAUAUUCAAAUCAGUACCUUCAUCAAAAUCUUCUCAAGAACCUGUAGAAAGUGUAACAAAAUACAAACGAGUUAACUUUAGUUACGAUGGCUUGGGCGGAUCCAGCCAACAAGAUUUAUAUCCAUCACAAGUAAUGAAAAAGCCAAAGAUUUCCAAGUUCAAAAAGUUAUCUGCUGAUGCAGGAAAACCAACCAGGAAAAUAUCCGAGUUUAUUAAUAUUUCUUAAACAAAUUUGGGAUAAUCUUCAGAAUUGCCAUCUGUGAGAAUUUUAAUCACAUUUUUAAUUUGUUAUGUUAUUUAAUUUUUUUUGUUGUAAUUUUAAAUCUCAUUAGCACCACUUUCGGCUUGUUACCAUGUUAUGCCACUGAAAGUAGAUCAUGGAAAUGCAGACAAAAAUGUUUUUUUUUUUUUUUAUCGUCUUUUGUGCUGUAGGAGAUAACAUAUUAUGCUAACAGUGGUGUAUAAAUGACCUUAAUUGUUAGUUAAUUUGAGAAAAGUGAACAUACUAUUACAUUUCAAUAAUUAUUUUUUAUCCUCUAUAAGAAUUUAGAGAAACAAAGGCUAAUUGGGAAAGGUUUCACAAAAUGUUAUUUCAUCUCAGACAAAUUUGCCAACUUAGGCCAAUUUGGGUGUCUUGAAAUCCCCAAAAAUGUUAUGGAUCAAAUGUUUUUAAACAUCAUGUGGUAUUUAUUGAUAAGAAUAUUAAAGUGUUAAACAGAUAAACUGUAAGAUUCGUAUUUAUCAACUGAUUUUUAUUUUUUCUUUAAUUAACUUUGUCACACAAACCAUCACAGAUUUCUUGGCAAAUAAAAUCAUUUUUUGCAAAUUCUCAAGGAAAACUUUUAAAUUAUUGGUCAAGGUCCAACUUUUUCUCUAUUUUCUGUAAAUCGUUUUGAGACUGGGUAUUCAGGUACAGGGUGUCCCAGCUAAAACGAAACAGAGGAGUUUCUGCAUAUUUAGAAUUAUUUAAAUGAAAAACACUCGGACACGUCGAUUUUUGCAUGAAAGGGGACAACUUUCUAAUUCCUUUUUAAUGACCUACCUGUCAUCCCUUAGCGGGGGCGCGUUCAACCCCUAAAAAUUAAAUAGGGAAAGUGGGUCGGCUGACCCCUCAAAUGAAAGCUCUUUAAAUUCUCUUUUCAACGGUACCACAUUUAUUGACAUUUAUGUCAAAAAAUUUGACAAUGACGCGUCCCACCCAAAACGAAACAAGGCAAUUUAAAGGCAUUUCUCGUUUUAAAAGCAAAAAAACGGCUAACACGUGAAAUUUGUGUUCGACUGGAAAUUAUUCUGCGAAUAUUAUUCAACCCCUAAGUUGAAACCCCACGCAGCGGUGAGAUCCACCCUUAAAGUCUCAUAUGGAAUGAGGAGAUGAAAGGCACCUCAUUUGUAAGCUUAUUACUGCUUCUUUUCACCGCUGUCUCAUUUCAGGAAUAUCUUUGAAAUUUUCGUGGAAAAUUAUGAAAAAAUAAAACUCUAAAAAAAUUCUAUUAAAGACCUCUAAUAAACAAAAUAACAUCGAAGAUAACAGAAAAAAUGUAAACAAGUUUUUACUAAUGUGGAGCUCUAUUGUUACUAAAUUAAUAUUCUAGAACCAGUGCAGCAUAAUGCGGAGGAGCUCCAUCUUGUUGAAAAACGACUUGAUUUUUGUCAUAGUGAUUUCCAUUCUCGAUAAUCUCUGUUAUUCUAGGAUUUAUGGCGUCUCCCAAAAGAGUCUGAUACAUUUCUCCAUCUAAAUUUCCAUUUAGAAAAAACGGACCAACAAGGGAGUCGCCAAAGAUUCCAGCCCACACAUUUAAUUUUUUAGGGUACUGAAUAUGAACCUCACGCAGGUGUUUAGGAUUUUCAUCAGCCCAGUAGCGACAGUUGUGACGAUUUACGGUUCCGUUGAGUAAAAAUGUACACUCAUCCGAAAAGCAAAUGUUGUCAAGAAGAAGAGGAUUAGCUAUAAGCAUUUCGCUUAGUUCUUCACAGAAUUGUAUUCGUCUAUCGUAAUCAUCUUCGUUUAAUUCUUGCGCCAGGUGAAAAUUGUAAGGAUAAAAUUUGUGUAACUUUAAAAUUCUGUGAGCACUACUUCUACUUACUCCUGUGCCUGCUGCCAAUUGUCCGACACUCAUUCCUGGUCUGGCAUGGAGUUGACCCAGAACUGCUACUUGCGUAACUUCAUCGUUAACUACAGCAGGUCGGACAUGCUACUUUCUAAGAACACUUCCAGUUUCUCUAAAUUUUGCUACUAAUUGGAUGGACGAUGAACAUUAAAUAACUCUGCUAUUCUAUUGGCACAUGAGUUAUGUCCAAACAACAAUUCAAUUAUUUCAACCUUCUCGGCAGUAGAAUAAACCAUUGCUGAUAUUUAAUGUUACUUUAAACAAAAGGCCCUACACUGAAUACGAGCAAAAUAAAUCUACUUAAAGAGAUUUAUUAAAAGAUAUCUACUGCCCAUGCAGUAAACAGAUAUCCCCAUAUUAGUAGAAACUUGUUUACAUUUUUUCUGUUAUCUUCAAUGUUAUUUUGUUUAUUAGAAGUCUUUGAUAGAAUUUUUUCAGAGAAGAGAUUUUUUCAUAAUUUUCCACGAAAAUUUCAAAGAUAUUCUUGAAACUAGACAGCGUUGAAAAGAAGCAGUAAUAAGCUUACAAAUGAGGUGCCUUUAAUCCCCUCAUUCCAUUUGAGUCAUUAAGGGUGGAUGUCACCGCUGCGUGGGGUUUCAACUUAGGGGUUGAAAAAUAUUCACAGAUUAAUUUCCAGUCGAACACAAAUUUCAUGUGUUAGCCGUUUUUUUGCUUUUAAAAACGAGAAAUGCCUUUAAAUUGCCUUGUUUCGUUUUGGGUGGGACGCGUCAUUGUCAAAUUUUUUGACAUAAAUGUCAAUAAAUGUGGUACCGUUGAAAAGAGAAUUUAAAGAGCUUUCAUUUGAGGGGUCAGUCGACCCACUUUCCCUAUUUAAUUUUUAGGGGUUGAACGCGCCCCCGCUAAGGGAUGACAGGUAGGUCAAUAAAGAUGAAUCUGAAAGUUGUCCCCUUUCAUGCAAAAAUCGACGUGUCCGAGUGUUUUCAUUUAAAUAAUUCUAAAUACGCAAAAACUCCUCUGUUUCGUUUUAGCUGGGACACCCUGUAUGUAAAACUUCCCUUUUAGGCAAAACUAUGUUGAACGAUUUUUUUUUUUUUACUUUGUACUUUUAUAUUACCAGAUUUUUAGAUAUUAAUUAUUUAAGUUUUGACCAUUUCUUCUCACACUUUUUUUAAAAUUUUAUUUGUAGAAUUAUUCGUCUUUUAUGAGUAAUUUUUAUGUUACAUCAUUUUUUUAGGAUUUGAGAAAUAUAAUUUGUAUACAAAAG